CAGACAGAUACAGAUAUCCUCUGUCCUUCCUCACCUACUCACACACACACACACACACACACACACACACACACACACCCAUGAAUGCAGCAUCUGGACUGCUCUCUCCUCACUGGAUCUUUGGAAACUUUAGAAAUCACUUUGAGUCCGUGUUGCACUUUCAGACAGAUGUUUUCAGUUUGACCUCCUCCUUCCACACGUCUGGAUGUCCCCACCCAUUGGUGCCUGAGGCGAAGGAGAAGAUGGGGGCAGACGGGAGGGACAUACAUCCAGUGAUAUGACUGAUAUCUACAGGGCCAAAUCACCAUAAGCUGCUUUUCUCUCAACGCAACUGUAGCACGUCUCGCUACUUCCAAGGGUUCACUCAGCACACAGACCACAACAGAGAUUAACAAGCAAGACAACGUUAUUACUAUUGUCAGCCACACACACUAUUGAGACAGCUGAGCUCACUUCCAGAAUCCAUGAAGGUUUCCUGUGUCUCACGGGUCCAGCACACUACUGCAACAUAAAGGGUAGAGUGAUUACUCCAUGAGUACCAGCUGAGAUCAUCAACUCACCUGGUGCUGCUCUCACAAUCCUUCUCUCCUGCAGCUGAGUGCAAACCACACCCACCUCCACAGCAACUUUUCAGACCUUUAGUGAACAAGUGAGUACAACACUACAUCACUAUUUUUUCAAUGCAGCAGAGAGGAGGAAGGAAAAUCACCACGUUUCUUCAUCCGCAGCCUGCAAACCCAAAUCUGGUCAACGUGUGAAUUGGUCUCGGCUGCUGUCUGAAAAGCAGUAUGAAUUGCAGUGGCCCCUUUCCAACGCAUUUCUGUUCAAUACUUAACUGACGCCAGCGUCUUCAGAAGACGCUGAGGAAGAUGGUGACCAUGAGGAGGAUCCUCCAUGUGAAGGGAGAUGUGAUGUGCACAAUGCUGCUACUGGUGUUAUUCUGCCUGCUGCUCUAUGCCCGCCAGGUGGUGCUUUCCUCUGGGUGGGACAGACCCAUGUGGAAGUUGGAAAUCCAUGGCUCUACCAGCUCCAGCAGGACCCUGCUGGGCACCAGUGGGGCCAAAGUAGGCCAGGAGCCUCCUGGGCAGUUCCUAUCCAGCCCUUCAGAACCACAGCUGCCUCCCUGCAAGCCCCAGUCCAAGUCUAAACCUCCUCAGCCCAAGUCCAAACCUCAGGCCAGAUCUAAGGGGAAAUCCAAGUCGCGUCAGAAGAAUGUUGCGCCCACUAAGACCACUGGCAAGCCCCUGCCAACGAUGCCACCAUUUGACUUUGAGGGCUAUCUGAGAGAAAAGGACAACAGAGACUUUAAGCUGCUCAUUGACCAGCCAGAGAAAUGUCACAUUGCAGGAGCAGAGGAAGAAGCUGCUCCCUACAUGCUUAUUGCCGUGAAAUCUAUCGCUGCAGAUUUUGACAAACGUCAGGUGGUACGUCGGACAUGGGGGAAAGAGGGACUUUUCCAAAAUGGCGUAUCCAUCCGAACUGUUUUCCUGCUGGGGGUUCCCAGGAAUCGCACCGCUCUUCCUCUGUGGGACCGGCUCUUGACCUACGAGAGUCAAACCUUCAGGGAUAUCUUGCUCUGGGACUUUGACGACACCUUUUUCAAUUUGACGCUGAAGGAAACACAUUUUCUAAAAUGGGUUAACAGCAGCUGUCCUCAUGUCAAGUUCAUCUUCAAGGGUGAUGCCGAUGUGUACGUUAACGUGGAGAAUAUACUAGAGAUGCUACAAGGUCAAAAGCCUGACGAGGAUCUGUUUGUUGGUGAUAUUAUAAUCAACGCUAAACCCAUUCGCCGGCGCAGUUCCAAGUACUAUGUGCCUGAGUUUAUUUAUGGAGUGAGUUUGUACCCGAAUUACGCUGGAGGAGGAGGGUUUGUCAUGUCGGGGCAUACGGCUCGGAGACUAAGCUCAGCCUGUCAACAGGUGGAGUUGUUCCCCAUUGAUGAUGUCUUUCUGGGAAUGUGCCUCCAGCUGAUCGGCAUCAAACCAUCUCGCCACCAGGGCUUUCGGACUUUCGGAAUUCCCCGUCCGUCUGCAGCGCCCCACCUUCAGACGUUCGACCCGUGCUUUUACAGGGAGCUCAUGGUUGUCCACAGCCUCAGUGUUCCUCAGAUCUGGCUCAUGUGGAACCUCCUGCACGACCCCAAACUGAUCUGCCACAACAGGACCAGCCCGACGUCCCAGCCCUUUAAGUGGAAGGGGAGGGUGGGAGAAGCCGAGGGAGAAGAGACGGACUACGGCGAGAAGCAGGUGUUUGUCACGCAUUAGUGACUCUCUGGUUAUAGAGCAGGAUCUGCGGCCAACUUGAAAGGCUUGCGAUGUGAAAAAAGCACAGUUGAGUAAAGUGAGACUUUGUCCAAGUUGGCAGAUCCUCUGUGGGGAAAUGAAUUGGCAAAUGUGCUUCAGAUUUUUCAGCGAAGAAGGCCAAAGAGAAUUUAGGCUUUGGCCAUCUGAGCCCAUCUUUAUGUUCAUACUGUGUUUGUGAACAACCACGCAGCAAGACCUUGCAGAGAAGAUUGUGUGACGACUUGAAUCUCACUGGACUUUUGAAUGUGUAAUCUUCAGAAUGUAUUGUGUUUAUAAUUGUUUACAUAGAGGUACGGUAAGACCCAUGAGGAACGUGGUUAGCUGGUUUAACCUUGUGUGUUUCUGAGACCACAACACUGUUAAUAUUGGGACUUUGGUUGGACUGUGUGGACAGCCAGGACUGCCAGUGGCUGUGUGUGCUGCGUGAGUGGAAAGACUGCAGAGGCUUUUUGUGUUCUCAUCGUGACUCACAAGCAGAGAUGUCCCUCACUUCCUUCCCUCCUUACGCUGGAUAGAAACACAAAUGGACGGUCGCAUUAUCUGUUCCCUGGAGGAACAACAAAUGAAGCCUAAAUGGAAACCAGCUGCACACUGGGAACCAGCUGGGACCAUAGCGCGUGCACACACACGUGCACAGAACCUCUUGUGAAUGUUUGUGGAAAAGCCAGACGUGUACUUUCAUGUGAACAGUUAUCACUAUAAUUAUAAUGAUUUUGUUUUGUGAAAUGUGUUUUCCUCUGCAACGCUCUGUAUCUUUACCCUCAUCUGUUUUCAAAAUGUUAAAAAUACUGCAAGGUAGAUUUAUGCUGACAGACUUAUUCAACUGCAUUCCAACGGCAAAACAUGUUCAGAUCUUAGACCGAUAUAAACACAUUUGUGUGUAUUUGUGUGAUUGCUCAACGAGCUCAUGUGCUCUGGACUUUUCCAUUGUAACACGGCUCUCUGCUCUCUGUUUGUCUGCCCUUCACCUUCAACAUAAAAACUUGAUAGACAUUCAUGAACUCCCUCAGGAACUGUAAAACUGUGGCGAUCCCCUGACUUUUGAUUUAGCACUAUCCUCAAAAGUUUAAAAAUGAACUUGUCCAAUGAAAUUCCCAUCAGCCUCAGCUGUACUUUCAGUUUAGCCCUAAACAACAAAUGUUACCAUGCUAAACUGAGACACGGAUAACGUUAUCCCAAUUUGAUAAUAGAUGAAAAAUGUAAUUACAGCUUGCACAGACUUUAAAUUUAAUCAUUUCAAUUUUGCACUCAACACGUGGGUCCAAACAUUUUUAAACAUCAAGCUAAUUUGAUUUUAAAUGUUUAAAGGACCAGUGUGUAGGAUUAAGUGCCAUCUAGUGGUGUAGUCACGGUUUGCAGUUCCCUCACUUCACCUUCCUUUUCCAAGCGAGGUGGCAACGAAACGCACAAAAGAAUUGAAAGGCCCUAUCUAGAGCUCAGUCCUGGACUACUGUAGAAACAUGGUGGUUCAACAUGGAGGGCGACCCUCUGCGUCUGUGGAUAAAAACUGCUAAUUUAAAGGAAACAAAAACACAAUUCUUAUUUUCAGGUGACUGUAAACUAAUGGAAACAUAAUUAUGAAUAUUAAAUUCCUUUUCUGCCAAUAGAUCCUCUUAAAUGUUACACACUGGACCUUCUGUCUGGUAUUGUCAUGUCUGUUCAGUGUGGAUAAUUCAGAGUUUCAGCUCUGGGGCACUGGACUGUUUAAUUACAACAGUGUGUGGAAUGAUCAUCCAUCACAGCUACAGAGGUAGCUGAGCUCCUACGCCGACAUACACGAUUAACUGAUGUGGUUACUUUAUAUGUCCUGGAUGUGCCAUUUACGUACAUGUUGGCAGACAGUUUAAAUAAAUAAGCUCCAGGCUGUGAUGUUGUGUUUUCCCCAUUUUUAAAGGAGGUAAUUAAAGGUCCAGUGUGUAACAUUUAGGAGGAUCCAUUCAUAAGUAUUUUUUCAAUGGCGUAUAACCAACUGAAUAUAGGAAUUAUAUAUAUCUACAGACCACCACGUUUCUACAGUAGCCCAGAAGGGACAAACCAAACACUGGCUCUAGAUAGUGGCAUUCGCAUUUUUUAUGUGUUUUGUGGGCAACAUAGUUUUUCCUUUGUGCUUGGAAGGGGAGGGGGAAACUACAGAGUUUCGAUUUGCAACUACACCGCUAGAUAUCACUAAAUCCUUCAUGCUGGACCUUUUAAGGAAAACUCAAAACUAUUUUUUUCCCCUUUCUUUUUAAAAAGAAGCACCAAAAAAAUACCUCAAAAUCUCACAGGAGAGAAUACACUAGGUAUUCCCUACCUGAUCAGUACAAAACUAUUCAUGUCAAUGUGACUAACAGGAAUAUAAUUCUGCCAGGGCUUACACUAAUACUAAACAGAUGUUGAGGUUCAGCUCAAGUCAAACGUCAAAUUUGCAAAAUAAAUUGAGUUUCGAGGUUGUGCAAAGUGAGGAAAUAAAAACCUCCCAAUCUUUUUCACAUCCACA